UGAUUAUUUCUCCCGGUAUUUAAUUUCCUUUAUUGAAAACCACACACCAGCUGCCUCUGUGCACCUCCAGCUUUAGCUCGGUCGCCCCCUGGUGGCCAAAGCCGAGCACCGCAAACAACAUGGCGGCCACCGUGAGGACGUUGUGCUGCUCAGCGUCGAGGAGCCUCCGCAGACAGAUCAGCACAACAUGUCAAGUACAAGCUGGAGAGAAGUGGAGGAAAGAACAUGGAUUGGCUCGGAGUGGCACAGAGUACGGACCUAUGACAGAUCUGCCUGACUGGUCGUUUGCAGAUGGACGAGCAGCACCACUGAUGAAAGGCCAGCAGAGGAGAAGGCAAGAGAGAGAGGUUUUAGCGAGACGUAUCGUGAUGCUGGACUCUGAGAUGGACAGAGGGAUCGAGAGAUGGAGGGACAAACAGGAAGAGACCAAGAGAAUGGAGGAGCAUAAAAAGUCUUUGUUGCUCAAACCUAAGGGGAAACUGUUGAUGAAAAAGAAAUCCCAAAGCUAGUUCCUGUGUUUAUAGUCUCAUUUCAGAUGAUGCGUGACCUGUGGGUUCCACUUUAUUUGUGUUUUUCACUAGUUAGUGAUUCUAAAAUAAAUGAUGUUGAAUAUG